ACAAACAAAACAAACUGCAGUUUCUCCGUAAACCAGAAAAAAUAAUGGGGCAAAAUAAGCAAGUUUACGAAUAUCUUCGAUCGACCGGCUGCUGUCGGGUUUGUUGUUUGCGGUUUUACAAAGGCGCCAAGGAGGAAUUUAUAGACCCCAAUUCGGCCCUCGUGAAGCGUGGGUUUGAAACGGUCCAGGACACGGAUGAAACGGACGACCAACCAAAGUUGAAAAAGGUGAAAGAGAACGUGUGUAUUGCAUGCUUGGGGCUUUUCGAUGAGUCCCAGCUCGACGCGCUAGUCAGCGAUGUAAAGCAAAGUGCAACUUUCCAGCAGUACAAGUGUGAGGCAGGAUUUCUCACAUCCAUCUCUUUGCCGAUCGUGCUACACCUACGGCAACUGGCACUGUGGUUUGAUCUGAUUGACCGCUUCCCCGAAACAUUUCGUCCCGAAACCCCACCGGACUUUCCCGUGAAGGAUGCGGUGAAGAUAAUCAUCAUUCACCGGCUCGAGCAGGCCCUGGGGCAAUCGUUUUCCGUCGAUGGUGUUAUGAUCAACAUACCCUUUAGCUACGUUAACGAACAAACGGAACUUCUCAAGCUCGAAGAUGUCAGUCCGGGUGUGUUUGUAGAGCGUGUAGAACACAAGCACACUCGGAAGGAUUUUAUCACCAGAAAUGCAUUUGAAAAACACUUUACACCGAGCGCGAUCAAUGGAGAAAAGUUUCGCAAACAUUACUCCUUUCCACCUGCAGACGGCGACGAUAAAUGUUUGGUGCGUGAAGAGAUCACAUUCACCGGGCCGACACUUUUCGUCGCUGGGCGUUACAACAAGCUGUCUCGCAAACUCAGCCAAACGCCGUGGAUCAUCGACGGGAAACGGUUGAUGGAAGAAAGCGUACAGGAGACUAUUGUGGCGGCCAUAGCACCACACUUUGGAGUGCCCGACGACCGAAUGAUUUUUUCCUCCAGCGGACGAGAGGAUGUAGACGUACGGUGCCUAGGAAGAGGGCGUCCCUUUGUGCUGGAAAUCCCCGGUGCCAUGUGUGACCGGUUGCCGGAGCAGGUUGCAAUCGAGAUGGAGCAGAGCGUAAACAGCUCAAAAACCGUCGUCAUUAGAGAUCUUCAGCUGGUAAAGCGGGAAGAGCUAGUGCACAUCCGGGGCGGAGAAGCGGACAAACGCAAGUUCUAUCGCGCCCUGUGCGUUACGGAGGAACCCGUAACGCCGGACACCAUUAGCCAACUGUGUAUCGACGAACCGCUGGUGGUGCAACAAGUGACACCAUUGCGGGUACUGCAUCGGCGUCCAUUGCUGGCCCGACCGCGCACGGUGUACAAAGUGCGAGCUCAACCAUGCCGUGACAAUCCUCAUGCAAUGAUUGUCGAUAUAGAGUCUCAGGCCGGUACGUACAUCAAGGAAUUGGUGCACGGCGACUUUGGGAGGACGACACCGAGCUUUCGUAGCAUCAUUGGCUCUGCGAUCGAUAUCCAAGCGCUCGAUGUGAUGGCUAUUGACCUCGAUUGGCCAAAGUCGCUCAAUAGAGACAAGAAUUGAAGUAAGAAAUAAAUUAAAUGUGACCAACAAUGAA